AUGAGCGUCCAUUCGCUCGACUACGCCCAGCCCAACGCAACCCGAUCUGACAUUGACGUUGAGGCCGGGCGCCAGUCGCCUAUCUCCCAAGUCUCUCCUAGAGGGGGAGACACCGAGCCGACUUCGUUCCCUGCAUUCACAUCUGCGACACGAGUGGAUUCAGCCGAUACGACGAAACGCCGCGCGAGACGCAACACCGCCCGAUCUUACCAUCCCGAGGGAUUCGCACAAGAUCCAAACUGGCAGCCAGGAACCGAGCCUGGUAUUGACCCGAGCAAGCCCCUCCCACCGUAUACCUCAGAAUGGGCGUCGAACAUUCCGGCGGAUCUGCAUCGGCAGUGCCAGAUAACUGUUGUGGAUUUCUCUCAGAAUGAGAUGCGACAAUACGAGUUGGACAAUGACACGUUGGGGCCUUUCUUGGAAAGAGAAAGGGAGUCAUGGGUGCAAUGCCGGUGGAUCAAUGUGAAUGGGCUGAGUUGGGAUGUCAUUCAAAUUCUCGGAAAUCACAAGAGGCUGCAUCGUCUUGCCAUUGAAGAUUUGGUGCAUACCACCAACCGGACCAAGGCAGAUUGGUAUUCGGAUCAUGCAUUCGUGGUGCUGACACUACAGAAGUUGAUGAAGAUCUACGAAGAGUCCUCCUCUGAUUCCGAAGAUGAAGAAGAGAGGCCAAUCAGUCGCUGGAAAUCCAAGGAUCGGAAAAGCUCCGUGGCGAGCGAAAGGAGCUCUAUCUCUUUGAAGAGACCUACGAAGCGAAGGGUUAUCUUGGCGGCCUUGAAGGAUAUCUUCAGUUUCAAAUCAAGCCCACCCCCAGAAGACAAAGAGAAAACUACGUUUGGGUCCAGUGUUCGACCUGGGCUCGGGCGACGGACGUCAAAGCACACCUCUCAUUUUGGAAACGUUGGAACUGCCUCGGAGACCACGGCCAGGAGUCUGCAGCGAUACCGCGGUGGGCCCAACGAAGAUCGCAUCGAAUUCAUGGAGCGACACGCCGCGCUUUCUGGCAAAGGUCUGUGUGUCACUUUGGAGCAGGUUUCGAUCUUCCUUCACGCCGAUAACACCGUCACGUCAUUUUUCGAAACAAGCGCGGAUGACAUCGAGGCUCCCAUCGUCAGGCGUCUCAUGUCGCCGGAGACUAUUCUCCGACAGUCAUGCGAUGCCAGUAUGCUGCUACAAGCUAUUCUCGAUGCUGUAAUCGAUCUUGCCAUUCCAGUCACAAUGGCAUACCAAGAUGCCAUUGGAGACCUCGAGCUCGAGGUCCUCACAGAUCCGGACAUCGACCAAUCGAAGUCCUUGUACAUUUUGACGUCCGAGAUUGCUGUACUGCGAAACUCCAUCCAGCCUAUAGUGGCGGUGAUGAACGCUCUCCGCGAUCACCGCUCCGAGCCCGUCGGCACCCCGGGAUUCGGCAUCUUGCGCAAUCCUCUCAGUCCAGCCGGCACCCCUGCGGAACCGGUUGAAGCCCGGCCCCAUUUCGGCGUCGUCACACCCAAUUUGAAAAGCCUCGGAGGCACCAGUGUCACCAUCAGCUCUAUGUGCCAUACAUAUUUGGGUGAUGCUCUCGAUCACUGCAUUACCAUUGUUGAAGGGUACGAUCAGAUGCGGCGUAAUGCUGAUAACAUGAUUGACCUCAUCUUCAACACUAUUGGUGCCUAUCAGAACGAGAGUAUGAAACAGCUUACUCUCGUGACUUGUCUUUACCUCCCCAUGACUUUCCUCACAGGUUAUUUCGGAAUGAACUUUACAGAUUUCUCCGGCAUCGAACACAGUGAUAGUUAUUUCUGGAAGAUUGCGAUUCCAUUUGUCUGUGUCACAACAUUCCUACUGAUGCGUGAUAAAAUCCAGCGAUACGCAGUCAUGCUGGCCCAGCGUCGCUUGAUUGUCAGUUCGAGGAAGCAAAGACGGGAAAGGAAGAAGAAAUAA